GAGUUUUCAUCGACUGCUGCAGCCUCCCAGUGUCCGUGGAGAUCAGGAACUCCAGCUGUGAGGAACAGAGUCUUUAUUACACAUCACAUGUUCUGUAUUCUCUCUGAUUUACUGAGGAUGGACAAGGACAAGAGUCACAGGACUGAGAGGAUAAUAAAUAUCACCCUGAAGAUCAUCUACCUGCUGACUGGGGAGGAUUACACAAUAGUGAAGAACACAUCCAAUGAGUAUGAGACACCCAGCAGCCAUCCCUGUAUAUCAGGAGGACUAAGUAGAACCCAGAGCCCCAUCACGAUGCCUCCACCUCACUCACUGACACAUGAGAGACACAAUGAUCAGAAAAUCCUGGAACUCACCAACAAGAUCAUUCAGUUGCUGACUGGAGAGGAGGGGGAGUAUAUAGAGGAACACAGGGGUCUGUACAAGGACGUGAUGAUGGAGAAUCACUGGCCCCUCACAUCACUGGAUGGGCCCAGUAACAGAGAUACCCCAGAGAGAUGUCCCCGUCCUCUGUAUUCCCAGGAUUGUACAGAAGAGAAUCACAGGAUCCCACAGGAGGAUCAGGGUGAAGCCCAAUUAAAUAAUAUUAAAGUCAAAGAUACAGAGGGAGAAGAAGAGACGUAUGUGACUGAUAUGAAGACAGAAGAUAUAGGGGGAGAAGAAGAGACGUAUAUGACUGAUAUAAAGGCAGAAGAUAUAGAGGGAGAAGAAGAGACGUAUGUGACUGAUAUGAAGGCAGAAGAUAUAGAGGGAGAAGAAGAGACGUAUGUGACUGAUAUGAAGGCAGAAGAUAUAGAGGGAGGAGAAGAGACGUAUGUGACUGAUAUGAAGGCAGAAGAUAUAGAGGGAGAAGAAGAGACUAAUGUGACUGAUAUAAAGGCAGAAGAUACAGAGGGAGAAGAGACGUAUGUGACUGAUAUAAAGGAAGAAGAUAUAGGGGGAGAAGAAGAGACGUAUGUGACUGAUAUAAAGACAGAAGAUAUAGAGGGAGAAGAAGAGACGUAUGUGACUGAUAUAAAGGCAGAAGAUACAGAGGGAGAAGAGACAUAUGUGACUGAUAUGAAGGCAGAAGAUAUAGAGGGAGAAGAAGAUAUGUAUGUGACUGAUAUAAAGGCAGAAGAUAUAGAGGGAGAAGAAGAGACGUAUGUGACUGAUAUAAAGGCAGAAGAUAUAGAGGGAGAAGAAGAGACGUAUGUGACUGAUAUAAAGGCAGAAGAUAUAGAGGUUGAAGAAGAGACGUAUGUGACUGAUAUAAAGGCAGAAGAUACAGAGGGAGAAGAAGAGACGUAUGUGAGGGGUGAUCAGCAGUGUAAGGAGGAGGAGAUCCCUACAGAAAUCAGCACAGCAGAUGGACACACAAGCAGGAAUAUCUCAGAAAGACAUCUAAUGUUAUCUCCGGAUUGUAACAUAAAAGAUAAUGACAGUAGACAGGAUUCUCCAGGAGAUAACCCCAUUACCCCAAUUAUACAUCCAGCUCUAUCAGCUGGUCCCUCUGAUCCUGGGAAAUGUUCUCCUGAUCACUCUGAUAUUGGUGCAUCUGUUACAGCUCUGACAGUAGAUACAGUGUUUCCGUGUUCUAUAGAUGCCAAAUGUUUUACACAAAACACAAAGCAUAUUAACCCACAUACAGGUAAGGCAGGUGAAAGGCCACUGAUAUGUUCUGAGUGUGGGAAAUGUUUUACAUACAAAUCAUAUCUUGUUAAACAUCAGAGAAGUCACACAGGUGAGAGGCCAUUUCCAUGUUCUGAGUGUGGGAAAUGUUUUACACUGAAAUCACAUCUUGUUACACAUCAGCGAACUCACACAGGUGAGAAGCCAUUUCUAUGCUCUGAGUGUGGGAAAUGUUUUUCAAACAAAUCAGAUCUUGCUAGACAUCAGAGAACUCACACAGGUGAGAAGGCAUUUCCAUGUUCUGAGUGUGGGAAAUGUUUUGCACACAAAUCAGAUCUUGUUAAUCAUCAGAGAACUCACACAGGUGAGAAGCCAUUUCCAUGUUCUGAGUGUGGGAAAUGUUUUACACGGAAAUCAUAUCUGGUUACUCAUCAGCGAACUCACACAGGUGAGAAGCCAUUUCUAUGCUCUGAGUGUGGGAAAUGUUUUGCAAACAAAUCAGAUAUUGUUCAACAUCAGAGAAGUCACACAGGUGAGAAGCCAUUUCCAUGUUCUGAGUGUGGGAAAUGUUUUACACGGAAAUCAUAUCUUGUUACUCAUCAGGAAACUCACACAGGUGAGAGGCUAUUUCUAUGUUCUGAGUGUGGGAAAGGUUUUGCACACAAAUCACAUCUUGUUAUACAUCACAGAAGUCACACAGGUGAGAACCCAUUUGCAUGUUCUGAGUGUGGGAAAUGUUUUGCACACAAAUCACAACUUGUUAGACAUCAGCAAAGUCACACAGGUGAGAGGCCAUUUCUAUACUCUGAGAAAUAAAGCAGCUCUUGUUGCACACAAUAGACAUCACUCAGGUGAGGAACUAUUUUAAUCUUCUGGAGUAUACUUAUCAUUGCCAUGCGUUGUUCUUCAAGGUUCUUAUUCUAUCUCCUAUGCUUUUUGCAAUAUACAUGCUACCACUGGGUGAAAUAAUCAGAUGUCAUGCCCUCAUCUACCACUGCUAUGCAGAUGACCUGUCUUUUGCUCUGGGUACUGAGAACCCAGUACCAAUCCUAAAUGGUUGUCUAGCUGAGCUCCAGGUAUGGGUGAUACCAGUUGGCUGUGAUUCAGUCCUGGUGAAACAGGUCUUUAAGCUCACCACCAAAGGGCAGGGCUACAGUUCAGCUUUGCAAACCAACCAGACUUACGCUUGGGGGUUCAGAGUUACAAAAUGCUGAUCAUGUGCGGAAUCUUGGUGUCCUGGAUGGUGGAGUGACACUUAGACAUCAGUAUCUGCCACAAUCAGAUCCUCAUCUGAGAAACAUAGCCAGACUCCAGCACUUUAUUCCCUCAGAAGAUCUACCUACAGUCAUACAUGCACUUGUAUCAUCACACAUAGACUACUGCAAUGUCCUCUACCUGGGUCUCCCAGCAAUAGAAUUGCACCGCUUGUAGCUUGUACAGAAUGCAGCAGCCAAGCUGUUACCUAACCAGCUUGUUCCUGCCACAUAACACCCAUUCUCUGCUCCCACCACCGGCUGCCUGUAAGAUGGUUACUCUUACAUAAUCUCACUGACUCUCCCAAUCCUACAUGACCAGGAUCCAUGGUACCAGAAGCAGCUUCUGCCUCCUUACUGCCCAGUUACUUCCACCUGCAGAUGUAGGACUGUUACCAGCAGUACCAAGAAUCCUCAAGCAGUGCUGAGAGGUCAGGGGUGAGACAGGGUGGUGACACUAGUGCUGUAGUAGGGGCUGCCGGAGACACUGUCUGUAUGUAAUAUUGUCCUCAAGCAGCGCUAAGGUGUAAGAGGGGAGACAGGGCAAUGGCAGUUGUGGGCAGAGACGGGGCAGUGGCAGUAGUGGGGGGAGAUGGCGGUGGCAGUAGUGGAGGGAGACGGGGCUGAUGCAGUUGUGGGGGAGAGACUGCAGUGGCAGUUUUGAGGGAGAAGGGCGGUAGCAGUAGUGGAGAGAGACAGGGCAGUGGCAGUAGUGGGAGACAGAGCGGAUGCAGUUGGGGGUAGACAGGGCAGUUGCAGUAGUGGGGAGACUCGUCAGUGACAGAAGUGGGGGGAGACAGGGUGGUGACUAG